UCUGAGUUUUAAGAGAACAAUCCAGAAUCUUUGUUCCUGAUCAAAGCCAUCAAAAAAAAGGAUUUCCAACACAUAUACCACAUUGACCUUACUCCACACAAAAUAACAAAAUGGCUCCACCACAAAAAGGUUUCUCUUGGUCAAACAUCGGUGUUGGUGCCGUGAUGAAUAUGUUCGAAGUCACCACACUUGGACAGCCACUAGAAGUCGUAAAGACACAAAUGGCUUCUAAUCGUACACAAGGAAUGGGAGACGCACUCAGAACAGUUUGGUCAAGAGGAGGCGUGUUUGGAUUUUAUCAAGGUUUGAUUCCUUGGGCAUGGAUCGAAGCAUCAACAAAAGGUGCAGUGUUAAUGUUCACAGCUUCAGAAAUUGAGAAAAAGACAAAAGCAGCAGGUGUAAGCCCAGGAGCGGCCGGUCUUUUAGGAGGAAUGGGAGGUGGUAUCGCACAAGCAUACGCUACAAUGGGAUUCUGCACAUGUAUGAAAACAGCCGAAAUCACACGUCAUAAACAAGCUGCUGCUGGUGUCACACCUCCAAGUACAUGGGCAGUCUUUGCUGAUAUUUACCGUCGUGAAGGUAUCGCAGGUAUUAAUAAAGGUGUCAAUGCCGUCGCUAUUAGACAAUGCACAAACUGGGGAAGCAGAAUCGGUAUCGCACGUUUGGCAGAACAACCAAUUCGUUCUUUAAGCGGAAAGAGUGAAAAGGACAAAUUGAGCCCGAUCGAAAGAAUCGCAUGCAGUUCAAUUGGUGGUGCUUUGGGAUGCUGGAAUCAACCAAUCGAAGUUAUUCGUGUCGAAAUGCAAUCUAUGGCCAAAGCAGAACCCGGAUCAAAAAGACCAGCUAAAUUGACAGUUGGAAACACACUAUCAUACAUUUACAAGGAAAGCGGAAUCAAGGGUUUGUACCGUGGUGUUCAACCUCGUAUCGCUUUGGGUAUCUGGCAAACGAUUUGCAUGGUCUCUUUUGCUGAUUACGUCAAAGAGGCAAUCGAUAUGGCUUCCAGAAAGGUUGAAAAUGUUGCAACAAACUAAGAAGCAUUCGAUAGAUUCAGUUAUUUUUCUUCCUUCGGAUCUUGAUAUAUAUAGAAGCCUUGUAAGCAAUUGCAAGGCACCUGUCUUACCCGCAUGAUCAUCUUUCAUGUAGAGAACCUAUCAUUCAUUCUGUCACCAUAAAAGAUAUUGUUCUGAUUUGUACAACGUCAGAAAAUACAAUGAUUGAUACAGUUAGAUUACAAUGAUGUACAUCAUCAAGG